AUGGCAAAUCCUCUUUCACCCCUCUCCUCCUCUUUCCAGAAUGCGCGGGCUCGUUCUCCAAAGAUCGGCUCGUCGCCGUUCCUCACCAAAACAAUCGAUGAACAAACCGACUCAGAGUUUCGCGUUCCUUCAAGUCCGUUGAAAAAAGCCUGGACAGGACUUGAAUCCCCUGGCCCUAAUGACGGCGACAUGAAUGAAAACUACAUCUAUAAUGACCAUGACGAGAUCGAUGCGAACGACAAUGACGAUUUUCAAGAUGCUGCCGAUAGCUCACCAUUCCGGGAUGAUGCACGCGAAGAGACCGUUGAUUUUCAGAAAAUGCGAGAUUUUCAACAACGCACACCCUCACAACCGCGUCAUCGAUUUGGCAUGGGCCCGGUAGAAGAUCCCAUGAGUUCUCCCUUCCGACCAGAGGGGAAAGAUGAGACUGUGGAUUUCCAAAGAUUGCGCGAGAUACAACCAAUGUCCCCUGGCUUUAGCAAACGCCUUGCUAUCGAUAACCCGGCUAGCUCUCCAUUCCGAACCGAAGGAAAGGAUGAGACGGUGGAUUACGAUCGUUUACGCGAGUUGCAGGCCGAAUCCCCUGGUUUUGAUCAACAGUCGCCCGGGCCAGUCAGCUCUCCAUUUCGUCCUAGCGUCAGAGAACACGAUCACGAACUACAUGAAUCACAAGAGAAUGAUGACGAACAAGGGUUUGCAAGCAACCAUGAACAUGCUCCUAUAGUGGCUCAUAGUUCACCUUUGCGACCCGAUGCCAGAGCCGAUACGAUCGAUAUGCCAAAACUGCGCUCAACGCCUCGUUUAUCACCAGGUGUAGAGAGCAACUACUCCAAUGCCGCCACGCCUCGAAAACGAUCAUUUGACCAGACUCCACAAGAUCACGAUGAAGACGCACAGACCAAUGAGCGGGCCAAAAAGGGCAUGCUCAAUCGAACCGAGGGUCCUGAUAUUCACAUUGAUCUUGACGACGAGUCUAGCGUCGUUCACGAUCAAAGCUGGCUCUCAAAUACGAGCGCCAAUCAAGACCGGUCGGCAAUCGCAAACAGUAUGAUUGAAGACAAGCACAACGAGGGUAUGAGCACAGUUCUCCACGACAAUGCUGGGAUGACGGAUGAAGAAAAAGAUCACCACGAGGCGGGUGAUGUCAUGUUGAGUGAAGAUGAUCACGAUCCAAUGGAUGAUACUGGUCUGAGCAACUUCUCUGUUCUGCCAGACAUGACCUCUUUUGCGAAAUUGCGCGCAGAUUCACCUUUGAAAUCCAUGCGUGGUAGUGUCGGGCCCAGCCCAGCUCGUACCGCAGACAUGUAUGGUCGCAGUGUUGAACCGGGAACCCCAGGCACCGCACGCAGAUCGCAUAGGGCUAGUGCCCUGCUUGAUACUGGAUCACAGAUGGGAUCACCUACUCCCAGAAGACGAGUUUCUCGGGACGUCGGUCACCCUGAUAGGACUCCCAACUUGCUCGAUUUCUCGGAUCAAAUGAACUUCUAUCCCCGCCAGUCAACGCAACAAGCUUCCCAGUACUCUCCCCGACGAUCUCCGAUGAGAAAUAUGCGGCAAUCCAUGCGGUCACCGUCCAAACUUUCGCUCCUGGACUUCGAUAUCCCGCCUGCACCGACACCGCGCUCCAUUCCCACCGUCACACCUCGUGAAUUAGAGUCUUUGAAAUCUGGCUUCAUGUCGGAGAUAUCUUCGCUCAAGGCUACUCUGAGUGGCAAAGAGGCAGAGGUCGCCUGCUUGAAGACUGCAGUCGGAGACGCAGAGAGGCGAGUUGGAGAAGCCUUGGAAGAAAUUCGCAACGAGGCUGCCCGGAGAGAGACGUUGGAAAUCGAGCAGGCCGAAUGGGACCGUCGAGGCAAGGACAUGGAGAGAGUCCUGCAGUCUGUCCGUGACGAGUUAGAAGAGGGGGAACGUGAGCGAGAUCGUCUCACCAGAAAGGCCGAAGAGGCAGAGAAGGGCAGGGAACAACUCGAAGGCAGAGUGGUAGAACUUGAAACUCAACUCUCUACCGCACGUUCUGCCGCGCCGGGAUCUACAACCGCUCCAGGGUCACGACGGCCCUCACAGUCAGCCGAAGACACUGCGCGGGAAGUGCAAGAUGCGGUUGAGAAGGUUGCCCGUGAACUUCAUACUCUAUACAAGGGCAAGCACGAGACCAAGGUUGCAGCAUUGAAGAAGAGCUAUGAAUCUCGCUGGGAAAAGCGCCUUCGCGAGUCUGAUAACAAGCUUACUGCCGCCCGCAAGGAAAAUGAACGCCUCAAGGCCGAGCGUGAUGCUGCCGACUCCGACUCCAUGGCAAAUGCUAACGCCAGCAUGAUCGCCCGUGAAAAUGACGAGCACGAAGCCGCCAAGCGUGUCUUUGAGGCUCAGAUUCAGGGUCUACAACAUGAGAUGGUGGCAUUGAAGGAGGAUAGUGAAAGACUACGAGAUGAGCUCAAAACCGAACGUGCCGAGAAGGGAGAGCUUGUUGCCGCUGUCGAUGAGUGGUUGAACAUCCAGCAAACACAACCUGCUCCGAUUCAGCAACAGGAACGGGAAAGAGAGUCUUCCGUUGCCUCUGCGGGUGUUCCUGAAGAGAAUUACCAAUCGGCCAGUGAACCUCCUGUUGAUAACCUUCGCCGGAGUGUGAGCCGCUCUGGCUCCAGUGGUAUUCGCCCUCCUUCAACUACUGAAAAGAAAGGUCCUCGCUUCGGGGCCCCUGGUGGCCAUUCCCGGGGUAACAGCGGAGGAAAAUCGGGUAUUGCUAUGUUCACUCCUGGUCGAGGGGGUAUCAUGAGCUCUAUUGAGCGGAUGGGACGUGGAGGCGCUUAG